AUGAACAACACUGAAGCAAAGCAAAAAUCAACAUUUAGACCGCGUCGACCGCACAAAAAGUCGAGGAAUGGUUGUCUAAGAUGCAAAAAGGAGAAGCGCAAGUGUGACGAGCUCCAGCCCCGAUGUUCGCGAUGUGAGAAGCGAAAUGUUACGUGUGUGAAGCCAGAGGGCAAAGAGAAACACGUCAAGGAGUGUGAAAAGCGUUAUGCGACACUGUCGCAUCUUAUACAACAAUGCAACAACAACAACAACAACAACAGCAGCAGCAGCCAUGAUGAUAUCGACACGCAGUCCGAACCGAGGAAGGACUUGUUGUUGUUGGACCCGGUAGAAUCGGAGCUGUUCAACCAUUACCUAGAACACACCGCCCGGAGCGUUGCCGCCGACAGCGCAGACCUGUACGCGCUCACCACUGGCAUCAAGAGGCUGGUUUCCGACAGCAAGAUCAUCAUGCACUCGGUCCUGGCCCUCGCCGCCAUCCACAAGUGCUCCACCAUGCUUUCGGACCCCGUCCAGAAGCAGCUUGCUGCAUCUGGACGGGGACGGCGGGACAAGCACGCCGGCGUCACCCAUCUCCUGCACGCCGCCGAACAGUACCACCGCCAGGUCCUCCACCAGGCCCGGGGCGACGUCAAGCACAUGCGGCGUUAUGAUCACGUCAUGGUGAAUGCUGCGCUCAUGGUCCUCUACAGCUGCGCCAACCACAGCGUCCGCAUCAGCCUGAUGACGGAGACGGCGGGAGGAGCCGACGACGCCUGCAGCAUGCCUGGGAGUUUUCGGCCCGGGGAUUUGCAGUGGAUGUCCAUGAUUCGUGCCAUUCAGUCGGCAUAUUCUGGAUUGUCAAAUUCGAGAGCGGCGUGUUUGGACGAAAACAAUUUCCACAGCCCGUCAGAUGAGCAACCCUACUACUGCAUGGAUAUGCCUCGCAGUCUGUUUGAUGAACUCGACCUUUGCGGGGUGUCGGGUCCAAUCAUGAGGACUCGGCGGUUAUUUCUCCCCAUAGUGGCAGCGACUUGGAACGGGGCGCUCGACAGACUCGACGCCGCCGUCGAGCGCAGCCGCAUCAGCGAGCUGCGGGAGACCGCGUCCGUUUCCGAAUAUCAAAUGUGCACCAGCGCCAUGCGUCUCCUGCGCGACAUAUUCCUAGAGGUCUUUACGGCCAAGCCCUCGUCACAAGCCUCAUCUCCCGACUCGUCGUCGAGCGAAGGCGCCAGCAGCAGCUCCGAGGGGCCCUCCAAGGCCGAUGAGAUUGCAAAACUCGAGCCUUGGCUGCGCGACUACCUGGCGCGCGUCACUUCCAAGGCACCCCGUCAACCUCUGAGGCGGGCCAUCAUGGCGUUUGUGCAUCGGCUGCCCAGCGGAUACACGGAGCUUGUGCAAAAUGCCAUUGACGUCACCUCGCGGAGCCCCGACGGCCAAGAUGACGCGACGGACGAUGACCAAUGCAGCAUUGAAAGGCUCAGUUUACAGAGGCUGGCAGUUGAUAUAUUUGCCCACUGGCUCGUGCUCGUCAUGUUGCUCGACGGCAUCUGGUGGAUUGGCGAGAUUGGCACCUGGGAACUCAAGCAAGCUAUAUCAGCAAUGGCCAUCUUGAACCGCCUUGAUGGUUCUCAGUAUCUGUGUGGCUGGUGGCCUUCAAGCAUGUAUAAUACCAAGCUUGAGAUUGACCAGCAUGAAGUCAGAGAUCUAGAUUAA